AUGGACGAUGGAUUUGCAUUGAGAGACGAAACAAUUCUUGCUAGAAGACUAAAGGAGUUGGAACAAGACAAGAUUCAGAGAGAAAGUUGGUCAUUCCAGUUUGGUGAAGCUGAAACCGGAUAUGCUUCAGGAGGCAGAAGAAGAGAUAAAGAUGGUGAUGAAGAGGCUGAGAUGCAUGGUGAUAAGGAGGGUGAUGAAGAGGCUGAGAAGCAUGGUGAUAAGGAGGGUGAUGAAGAGGCUGAGAAGCAGGGCUUGGAUGAUUAUGAGGCUGAUAAGGAGGGUGAGGACAAUGGUGACAAGGAUGGUGAUGAGGCAGACGCCGAGAAGGAUGGUGAUGAGGCAAAGGCUGAGAAUGAUGGUGAGACACAGAUUGAGGCAGAGGCUGAGAAGGAUGGUGAGAAAGAUGUUGAGAAACAGAUCGAGGCAGAGGGUGAGAAGUUGAUGCAAGAUACUGAAGAGAGAUUUGAUGAUGAUGGAGAUUAG